AAGAAGGGUGAACUUUCCAACAAUAUCUCUGACUCUUAUUCAGCUUUCUAUAUAUACCACUCCCCCAUUAUUCCCACGUUAUAUCCUAUCUUCACUCAUCUUCAUUCGUAUUGUUCAAUCUUCUUCUUUAGAAAAACAAAAAAAAAUGGCAGGAGAAAAAGGUUUCAUUGGAUCAAUAGAUCAAGGAACGACCAGCACCAGAUUCAUCAUUUAUGAUCACGAUGCUCGUGCCGUUGCAUCCCAUCAAGUCGAGUUUACUCAGUUCUAUCCUGAAGCUGGAUGGGUGGAACACGAUCCAAUGGAGAUACUCGAAAGUGUGAAAGUGUGCAUUACAAAAGCUCUUGACAAAGCCACAGCCGAUGGACACAACGUGGAUGGUGGCUUGAAGGCCAUUGGGCUUACGGAUCAAAGAGAGACGACCGUCGUUUGGAGCAAAUCCACUGGACUUCCUCUCCACAAAGCUAUCGUCUGGAUGGAUGCUCGCACCAGUUCCAUCUGCAGGAGACUAGAGAAGGAACUAUCAGGAGGAAGAUCCCAUUUUGUGGAGUCUUGUGGAUUGCCCAUAAGCACAUACUUCUCUGCCAUGAAGCUUCUCUGGCUGAUGGAGAAUGUAGAUGCUGUUAAAGACGCUAUCAAGAAAGGAGAUGCCAUCUUUGGCACAAUCGAUACAUGGAUUAUCUGGAACAUGACCGGCGGUGUGAAUGGAGGGCUACACGUCACUGAUGUCACCAAUGCUUCUCGUACGAUGCUCAUGAACCUCAAAACCUUGAACUGGGACGAGGACACUCUAAAGACUCUAGCCAUUCCUGCUGAAAUCUUGCCCAAGAUUGUAAGCAACUCGGAGGUCAUUGGAGAAAUCUGCAAAGGCUGGCCCAUCCCUGGCAUCAAGAUCGCUGGAUGUCUUGGCGACCAGCACGCUGCAAUGUUGGGACAAGCUUGCAAAAAAGGCGAGGCUAAGAGUACUUACGGCACUGGCGCUUUCAUUCUUCUCAACACAGGUGAAGUUCCCAUCAAGUCAGGACAUGGACUUCUGACCACGUUGUCCUACAAGCUUGGGCCUCAAGCAAAGACAAACUAUGCUCUAGAGGGUUCCAUUGCUAUAGCUGGAGCUGCUGUUCAAUGGCUAAGAGACAGCCUUGGGAUAAUUAAAAGUGCAAGUGAAAUUGAAGAUUUGGCGGCUAUGGUAGAAUCAACGGGAGGAGUGUACUUUGUGCCGGCAUUCAACGGUUUGUUUGCGCCUUGGUGGAGAGAAGACGCUCGUGGUGUUUGCAUUGGAAUAACGAGAUUCACAAACAAGUCUCACAUUGCAAGGGCUGUGCUGGAGAGCAUGUGUUUCCAAGUGAAAGAUGUGCUAGACUCUAUGAACAAAGACGCCGGUGAAAAGGGCUCUCUAAAUAAUGAGAAAGGGGAGUUCUUGCUUAGAGUUGAUGGUGGCGCCACCGCCAACAACCUUCUUAUGCAGAUUCAGGCUGAUUUGAUGGGAACUCCGGUGGUGAGGCCAGUGGACAUAGAGACAACAGCACUAGGAGCAGCCUAUGCAGCUGGACUAGCCGUUGGAUUCUGGAAGGAAGAAGACAUAUUCGAGUCAGGAGAGAAGUCAAAGAACUCCAAAGUAUUCAGACCGGCUAUGGAAGAAGCAACCAGGAAGAAGAAAGUGGAGUCAUGGUGCAAAGCGGUUGAGAGAACAUUUGAUCUUGCUGAUCUUUCUCUUUAAAACUUUGAAUUAUUGAUUUCCUUUUAUCCCACAAUGUCAUUUCUUAUUUACCACAGUGGUGCUCUGUCGUUUAAGUCACAUUAUGUCAUUUCUUAUAUAUAUUAUGUGUUCUCUAA